GUGGAGGAGAGGCCGCCUACAGGCUGAGUCACUGUGUCACAAGCUGACGCUGUCUGAGAGCCUUUUUUUCCCUUUUUUUUCCAUAAACUCCCACGUAUCAAUUUGUUCGUCAGGAGAAAGUGGGCACUUGUUCUCUCGAGGGAAUAUCUCACUUAGAAUAUGUCAAGGUUAUUCCACAAGCCGUUGUUUGGAAAGUGAAAAUAGAACAAUGAGAGGUCUAUGAUCUGUGGAGGCUUUAAGCUGACAAACUGAGGGCAUUUAUUAUUUUUUAUCAUUGUGAUCUACGUAUUUGAAUCCCUUAUUUUCUAUUAUUUAGUCCAUGUUUUGGCUUCUGGUGUUACCGGUUUGCUUCAGUGUGUGUGCAGGAAACUAAAUUGCAUGAUUUCCUCAUGACUUACAUUGAAGAAGUGAAUCCAAGUGAAGGCUAUUAUCCAUAAUUGAUUUCCAUUAUCAAACCAAUUGCAGUCACAAAGGCAACAUUUGAUGAACACACGGGAGCGGAUUAGUUACACAACGAGAAUUCAUGUGGAAACAUAAUAGCACCAAUAGUUAGAAUAUUUUGGACGUGCCACUCUCUGCAGACAUGUAAACAUGUUUGUGUUUGCAUGUGAUUAAAUGAGGUCGCAGUGUGGCAAUCAGGGAGGGGGCGACUUCGUUCACUGGAGCUGGUGGUGAAAAUGUGACAGACACACUCUGAGCUGAGUCGGGUCAUCCAGAGCAGGUCACAUCUAAAUAUAACCCCGACGGCUUAUAGGACCCCGCAAAAACAAAAACACACGGGCUGCGAGCUGGAGCGCUGCACACUUUCGGAUCAUUUUUCAGAAAUGGACGACUUUGAGCAGGAAGGAAUAAAUGAGGAACUGAUUGAGUUUGCCAUUCGAGAGAGCCUUCACGAUGCCCACAAGCUGCCAUGUUCCUCGCAGACCAACAGGAAAGAACCAAACAGUGAAGAAUUUACGAAGAUAAUGUCAGCCAUUCACAACGGUGAUGUGUGUGCACUGCGGGAGCUGUCAGCCUGCGUGUCUGCCUUCAGAGAGAGCGACAGCAGAGCCCGGCUGCCUCUGCACGCAGCAGCUGUACAGCCACAGCAGGAGAUCCUGCAUGUGGUGCUGCAGGUGGUGGUGACAUCCACAGAGCUGACCCUGGAAGAGCAGACGGACGACGGCGACACGGCCCUGACUCUGGCAGCGGAGGCCGGCCUGGUGGAAAACGUCAGGAUGCUGCUGCAGCACGGAGCUUCCCCACACAGCACCGACAGCUUGAACGAGUCUCCUCUGCUCAUCGCAGUGAGACGGAGAUCGUACGACAUGGUUCUAUCCCUCAUCAUGGGUGGGGCCCUCGUGGAGCAGGUGUGUCUCACGAAGUGGACGGCCACCCAUGAAGCUGCAAAGGUGGGCUGCGCUGCCAUCACGAUGCUGCUGCUCCGCAAUGGAGCCAAAGUGACGUCUCGAGACGGACACGGGGUGACGCCUCUGGGCGUCGCAGCUGAAUAUGGCAACGCCGAGGCUUUGGACAUACUCGUGCAGCACGGUGGUGACGUGAAUGCCCAGGCCAGUAACGGAGACACAGUCCUGUACGACGCGUCCGGCUCUGGAAACCUGGACUGCAUCAAGCUGCUCCUGCAGCACGGAGCCGACCCAAAUGUGGCCAGCAAUGCCUCUCAGCUGCCCAUCCACAGAGCUGCAUACGAAGGACACAUACUAGCCCUGAGGACUCUCAUCCCCAUCACCACAAAGAAAGCGAUCCGUCUCUCAGGACAGAGCCCCGUCCACUCAGCCGCCGACGGGGGACAGGUUGAGUGUCUGGAGCUGCUCAUACAGAAAGGAUAUGAUGUCAACGCCCUGCUGCACACACACAUCUCUGAGAACUACGGGGACCUCAGGAAGACGCCGCUGUACUUCGCCGUCUCCAACGGUGAUGUGACCUGCGCUGAGAUGUUGCUGGCAGCCGGAGCGAGGUCGGACCUGGACCCGCUCCGAUGCAUCCUGGUGGCCGUACGAGCUGAGAGGUACGAGCUGGUGCGGCUGCUGCUGUCCUAUGGAGCGGAGGUGAAUUGUUACUUCGGGGUGAUCACUGACACAGUGUUCCCCACUGCUCUGCAGUACUGCCUCAGGGACCACGUCAUGCUGCGGCUGCUGCUCAACAGUGGAUAUCACGCUCACAAGUGUUUCCAGUGUUGCCAUGGUGACGGUGACGAAACGGACAGCAGCUGGACUGACCUCCACAACCAGGCCUACCAAAUCUACAGUCAACCCGAUGUCAUCUCGUUCUGUGAGUUUGUGUCGGUGCUGUGCCUGGCACACGUGGUGGGCAGUGUGGCGAGGCUGCUCCUGGACUACGUCGGCCAUGUCCGCAUCUGUCCCGACCUCAGACGCAUCCUGGAGAAGAAGCCGGAGUGGGAUGAGAUUUCUGACAUACUGAGCAAGCCGAGGUCCCUGCAACACUUGUGUCGACUGGUCAUCCGAGGUCACGUGAGCCUCAGGACGCUGAAUGACCCUGAAGCCAUGGCUGCUGCUCCUUUCCCUCCGAGACUGAAGAACUACCUGACCUACAGAGAGUACCACCUGCUCGGUGACCCCUCUGCUACGUGAAACAAAUUGUAUUAACACCUGUGGGACUAAAACACCCAUACUGAAAAAAAAGCACUUUUUCCAACUAGAAUAUACUUUUUAUGAGCCAGAGUGUCUUGCUUGUAGUUCAUGACUGUGUCAUUGAAUCAUCUUCUGACCCAAUCAAAGUUUAUUCCUGAACAGAUGAGGUAUAAAACGUUUAACAAUGCUCUAUUCUUUUGUGCUCAUGUUGUGUAUUUUCAAUAUGGGGUUUGAAUACAAAUUAAACAGAAUUGUUACUUAAAUAUAACGAAUGAAAUGUUUUGUAUUUUGUGAUGAAAAAAAAUUGAAAUGAAUAGAAAUGUUCAAGUUUCA